GAAAACAGUUCGAAUUCCUUGACAGAGCGCGUGAAUUUCCGUCGUCGUUCGUUUUUCAAUCAGUCUCAGUUAGUCACCACAAAUACAGGCAACAAUACAAUAUCACCAACAUCAUCCUCUAUGGCGAUUGAACAACAAAACAGAGAGCCAGGCCGAACGACAGACAGACACUAACGACACACACACACACACACAACCACACAUAUCCAUACAUACAUACCAAUAUUCCAUGACACACACACACACAAACGCACUCACCUCAAUAUAUAUAGAAGGCACAACACAUCUAUAAGCGAAUUAUUUACAUAUAUAUAUAUAUAAGUGAAUAAAAGAAAAGAAAUUAAAUGGAAAAUUACAAUACAUAUCCUUAAUUACAUCAAGCAAAUCAUAAAUAAAAAAAGAGAAAAAUCCUGGAAAUAUACAUCUCUAAAAAGUGUAUGUUUCAGGACCACAACAACAAAAAUUGUAAAAGAAAAUUUAAUAAAACAUAUCAACAGUCCCCCACCUUUGCUACAACUUUAAAGUGUAUGCAAGGCUUUGAGUGAUUCCCCAAAGUUUGUGAAGGGUUUAAAGUUAUCGAAAAAAUUCCCUCCCCUUCGUUUCGAACAAAAUCAAACAACUGUGUAAACUGUUUUUAAAAGUUUUUCUUAAGUUUCUUGGCAUUUUAACACGUUUUGCCAGUUGAAUAUUUUAGUGAGCGAAACACAGAAACCACCCGCCCACCCACUCACUCACCACAUAGGCCGAGCUACUCAUCCUAUUCAACAUGGCAUUUCGCUUGCCUGCGUCGUAGCCCAAAAGGACGACUCGGUGAACUAAACACAUUUUAGCUAAGCUGAAUCUGUUUUGUGCUGGUGUGUAAGGCUUUUGUUUUUGUUUGUUUUGGUUUUGCCUGCUGGUGGGUUAAAGGCAAAAGUGGUGAAUAAAAGGCCCAAAUUAAAGUGUGCGACUUUAACUAGAAAAGCAAAAAAAAAAAACAAAAAAAAACAAGGAAAAAUAAUCUAGAAAAAGUUUAAGAAACGCCAACACAGGAAAAAAAAUACAAAACACAUAUCAAAAUAAAGAAAACCCAAACAAAACAUAACCCAGUCAAUUAUUUAACAAAAAUCAACCGUAGUUAAACGCUCUCUUGGUUUUGCUCUCGCUCUCACACAGUGGGUAAACAAACUGCCACAGGCCUGCAAACAUAUCAUUAAAGAAAUCUUACACAAAACUGCUGAAAGCAAAACAAAAUAAAAACACACACCAAAAAAAUCGCUGUGGCAAGGCAAGUUAAAGCAAAAGCCAGAAAACAAGUUGCCAAGCCAAAACGAAACCACAUCUGCUGGCUUAACUUCAUUUUAUAUGCGAUAAUAAUUCUAAUAAGAAAAUCUUAAGAAAAUCCCAAAGCCACAAAACGUUGUUGCAACCAACAACCAUCCACAAGCAUCUCGGCAAGAUGCUAAGAAAUAUCUUCACAAAGUGAGCUUCCUUUGGAACCGGUUAACAAAGCCGCCACAAGUCGUCAGUUCAGUUCAGCCCGAACCCCAUAAAUCAGUGAAUCAAGUUUUUCUGAAAGAAACGCGCCAGUAAAGUGUACAUGUGUUAGUGAGUGAAUGAGUAGUGAAUGACUGGUGUGCAGUCAGUUUGGGUACAAAAUGCACCUGUUUGUGGCAUCCACAGCAUCAGCCUUUUAAAUCUUAAAGCUGACUACCUGCCGCCAAUCGUUAUUGUUGUUAACUUGAUUGGGUGCAACAUUUAUGCAAAGUUUAAUGGCCGAAAGGAAAUCAAGAGAAAAAAACGCAACAUCAGCACAACAUCAUCAUUAUUAUUAUUAUGGUCAUUAUCAUCAGCAUAACAUGUUUGUCUGAAAGAAACAAAAACAAAAACUACGCAAUUUAACACACAGUCACUGCCACAAGAGAAAAAAACCAACAACAACAUCAACAACAAAAACUUGAUUGCAUUCAUAGAAGAGUUGUUGUGUAUGUUUUCUGCUUAAAACUCCUUUAAACGACGAAUUUAAUAACCCUCUCCCCCCAACCUACCUUCAAAAACCGCAACCAGAAACAACCCGUCUUAACUCAAGUCAAUUCUUAGUCGCGGACUUAUCGAUACACUUCUGCUCCAAAGGAAACGUCAAACAGCGCCUAAUUAAAAUUGGAUUUUUUUCUAUUUCAAAAAUUUAUGGCGCUUUCAUCCUGACAUAGUUCGCACAGCUAUAAGAUAAAUCACAGAAUAUGCAAUCGAAAAGUCCCUUGCCAUAUGGCCGAAGCAGCCACCAAUACAACCACCACCAUCAUCAACAGCAACAACAACGCCACAUUCCAAUCCAUUAUGGUCUACUCAUUAUGUUCCUUAUUGUCAGCCUUCAAGUAUCCACAGUUGCGGCUAAGGGAAAGACGAAAAAGAAUUCCAACAUACACUACAGCAGUGAGGAUAAUCUGAAGUCGCCCACGGAGGGUCAACACUUUGCCAUGGAGCCUCAGGAUCAGACAGCGGUGGUGGGCUCAAGAGUAACACUGCCCUGUCGUGUCAUGGAAAAGGUGGGGGCUUUGCAGUGGACCAAAGACGAUUUUGGUUUGGGCCAACAUCGAAAUCUUAGUGGAUUUGAACGCUACUCCAUGGUGGGUAGUGAUGAGGAGGGAGAUUUUUCCUUGGACAUAUUUCCCGUGAUGUUGGAUGAUGAUGCGCGUUAUCAAUGUCAGGUGGGGCCGGGACCCAAUGGAGAAGCGGGCAUAAGAUCCAGAUUUGCCAAGAUCACCAUUUUGGUGCCACCCGAAGCCCCGAAGAUACUGCAAGGUGAUCAUUUGGUUACCACAGAGGAUAGGGAAAUUGAACUGGAAUGUGUUUCGGUGGGAGGAAAACCAGCAGCAGAGAUCACCUGGAUUGAUGGCCUGGGCAAUGUACUGACCAAAGGCAUUGAGGAUGUUAAGGAACCUUUGGCUGAUAGCCGCCGUGUUACUGCAAAAUCCAUUUUGAAAUUGACUCCGAAAAAGGAACACCACAAUACCACAUUUACAUGUCAAGCCCAAAAUACCGCUGAUCGCACUUACAGGUCAGCGAAAAUUUUACUGGAGGUCAAAUAUGCUCCAAAAGUCACAGUGUCCGUGGUGGGUGGGGCCUUGGCGGGGGGUCGCAUACCCGAAGGCGCUGAGGUCAUACUCUCCUGCCAGGCAGAUGCCAAUCCCCCCGUUCAAUCAUAUCGCUGGUUCGUCAAUGACGAACUGGUAACCGGGGACUAUACCACACGUAUGAUUAUCCACAAUGUAUCGCGCCAAUACCACGAUGCCAUUGUCAAGUGUGAGGUAGUGAAUGCGGUGGGCAAAAGUGAGGAAAGUGAAACCUUGGAUAUAAGCUAUGGUCCCGCCUUUCGUUCCCGACCAGCCUCGGUGGAAGCCGAUUUAGGUGCCAGCGUUACUUUGAGGUGCGAUGUUGAUGGCAAUCCCACUCCAGAGAUUGAAUGGAUAAAUGAGAAUGCUGAUCGCGUGGUGGGCACUUCUGCCAAUCUUACCUUAAAAGUUUCCACCGAAUCAGCGGGACGUUACUACUGCAAAGCCGUGGUGGAGGGUUUUCCAGAAAUCGGUUCGGAAGCCACCAUAUAUGUCAAGCGAGCCCCCAUCAUCACCUCACAUAAAGUUCAAUUUGGAGCAGUGGGAAAUCGAGCCAAAAUCGACUGUUUGGCCUUUAGCAUACCUAAGGCAGAUAAAAUUUUAUGGUCCUAUGAGGGGAAAAUCAUAAACAUGUCCACUGCCGAUCCUGACCUGUACAUUUUCGAGGAACAUCAUUUGCCUGAGGGUGUACGGGCCGCCUUGAUCAUCAAAGAGAGUCGUUCCAAUCACUUUGGCAAAUACAAUUGCACAGUGGUUAACUCGUAUGGCAGUGAUUCUCUGUUAAUCACUCUAAUACCGGAACCCGGUUCUGUACCCGUCCUUUUAGUGGUCAUGGGCUCUAUGUCCUCAGUGGCCAUUAUCAUAAUGGUUGUGAUGCUCGUUAUUGUUUACAUGAAGCGCAGCAAGAAAAAGCCCAUGCCAGCUGAUGUUAUACCCGAAGCUUCCAGGGGAGGCGAUAAGUUGAGUGACCUAAAGCAUGAAAUGCGUGCCAAAGCCUAUGAAGCCGCAGAGUAUUCAGAAUCAACCUCAGAUGGUUUGGCCAUUAAUCUAACGCAUUCCCCCAUGCCCGAUGUUCAAAUGAAGGGUGCCACUUUGGGUGUACCGCUGGCGGGACCGGUUAAACUGGAUGAAAGAUUUUCCGGCGAUUUCGGUGAUCGUUACAAUCGCUCCUGCAACAUUAAAAACAUCAAAAAUCAAGACUACAAAGAAUCAGUGAAUGGCUAUGCCCCAUAUUUCGAGUACGCCUUGGAUUAUAGUCCACCCAAUGAGAGCAAGGCGAAUAUGGGUUCAGUAUCGAAGAGUAAUUCCACAAGUAUAAGUUCGGCCACCUUGCCGCAUUAUUCCAAUCCUGCCACCACAACGGGCAAUAUGAGUUUGCCCAGAAAUCGCAGCGAUAUGCAACAGCAGCAGCAACUGAAUAAUGGUUUCCUAGGACAACCGUUAUUACAGAAUGGCAUAGAUAGUCGAUUUAGUGCCAUAUACGGUAAUCCAUAUCUGCGUACCAAUUCCUCCAUACUCCCACCUCUGCCGCCUCCAAGCACAGCCAAUCCUGCGGCCACACCAGCACCACCGCCUUAUCAUGCACCCCGAAAUCACAUGAACGCCAACAGCCUGGCCAAUGGUGGCGUUAUGGGUAGCCUCAAGAAUUUUGGCACACCCACAAGUAUAAUUGGCGGAGGUCACAAUGGACCGGCCAGUGUAAGUGGCAGCAGUUCAAAUCUGACUGCGAGCAGCAAUACACUUGCGGCCACACCUUUGGCAGCCCAACAAUCGGCGGUGGGUACACCAUCUGUUGGGGCGGCGGCCACCACAGCGCAAACAACAGCCCAAAGUCCUUCGGGUCAAUUUAUAUUGCCUUCUAAUGGCAAUGUUACCAAAAAGGGAGCAUUGGCAACGCAUGUCUAAAAACCCAAGGUGAAGUGAACGUGAAUAUAAAAACGCCAUUGUAACGAAGCAUCAGACUGAGGGCGUUUAUAACGAUCGAACUCUCGAUUGAGAGAGAGAGAGAGAGCAAAAGAAAAACAUAUUGUGAUUUUUAGUGUUAAUUAUUUACCUAUGGCAACUCUAAGCGCAAACAUAACAAACGAAAAGAAAACAAAAACAAACGAACCACAACCAUGAUGCUUUUGCAUGGCGAAGGAACAUGAUUAAGCAUGAUUUUAGGUUAUUUACAGAUGUUGAACCAUUAUAAGGUAGAGUUAAAGUGUGAAAAUAUUGCCUAUAAUGUAACCAUAAUUGAAUUCAAACCUAUCUACCUUUUACUUUACUACAUACCAUAUAGUUUUGGACAAUAUCCUUUAUUAGGGUGGCAGCUUACUUCUGCUGACUGAACAAAAGAGAAUAAAGAUAAGGCCGGUUCAGAUCGAUGUACGGUAA